UUGCUUAAUCCUCUUGAUGCUCAACAUCAUCUGCGGAGUGACGAUGUUUCUAUUCCAUUCAGGGAAGGUGUGGUUUUAGACAAACCAACCAAACCUGAUAGAGGCUCACUUUGCGAUGUUGGCCUUGAAAAGGAGCUGGAACUGGAGGACAAGAUUCAACUACCUGCCGCCACUCGUGUAACGGUUGAGAUUACUAAUUUGGGCGAAACCAAGUGCUGCUGGUUUUUGGUGGCGUUUCUGGAGUUGACGCCGCGCUUGAGGCCGGAAGAAGCACUCACAGAAACGCGAGCUGAAGAAGCCUUCGAUAGGCUGGUGAACUCUCUACCAAAUAAAGGAACAAAUAGCGAGCGAGUAGAAGAAAAUGUUUUCAUAACGCUAGCGGAAGUCACUAUGCGAUUACAACAGCUGUGUUCGCAAUGA